GCGUAGUGUACGAAGCAAUGUCGGGCAUCCGUCGCGCGAGCACAGUCGCGAGGACCCUCCAGCGUUCGCUUGCAACUCUGAACAAUGCGCCUCCGGCAGGAAAGCCUCCCACAGCCAUUGUCAUGCUGAACAUGGGUGGGCCCUCAACGGUUCCGGAGACGCAUGACUUCUUGAAGAACCUCUUCUCGGAUAACGACUUAAUUCCGCUGCCGUUCCAGUCGGUUCUGGCACCUCUCAUUGCUCGCCGUCGGACGCCUCAGAUUGAGAAGCAGUAUGAAGACAUUGGCGGUGGCUCGCCGAUCCUGAAGUAUACUCGUCUUCAGGGCGAGCGCAUGGCAGCACUGCUAGACGAGCUCCACCCAGAGACCGCGCCGCACAAGGCGUACGUCGCGUUUCGGUACGCGAACCCUCUCACGGAGCAGACGGCGAGGGAAAUGAAGGCAGACGGUGUCAAGCGGGCCGUGGCGUUCACCCAGUACCCUCAAUACAGCUGCAGCACGACGGGCAGCAGUCUCAACGAGCUGUACAGAAAGGGCAAGACUGGAGAAAUCGGGGACGGCGUCGAAUGGAGCGUGAUUGAUCGCUGGGGGACCCACCCAGGCUUUGUUGAGGCCAUGGCACAGAACAUCGAGCGUGCGCUCGCAAAGUUCUCCGAGGAAGAACGCUCGGACGUCGUCCUUCUCUUCUCGGCGCACUCGCUACCCAUGUCUGUCGUCAACCGUGGUGAUCCUUACGUGCCAGAGGUGUCUGCAUCCGUGAACGCUGUCAUGGACCGCCUAAAGCACUCGAAUCCGCACCGCCUGGUGUGGCAAAGCCAGGUUGGCCCGUCGGCAUGGAUGGGCAUGCAGACUGGAGAGGCGAUAAAGGGCCUCGCGCGAUUGGGACGGAAGAAUGUUGUGCUCAUACCUAUUGCGUUCACAAGCGACCACAUUGAAACCCUUUUCGAGCUCGAUCUGGAGUACGCGCACGAAGGCAAAAAGCUUGGCAUGCAUGUCGAACGGGCGGAAGCCUUGAACGACUCGCCGGUCUUUAUCCGCGCGCUGGCGGACCUGGCUUCGACGCACCUGCAAGACUACGCCGCAGGUCGGAUCGGGCCAACGAGCAUCCAAAUGGGGCUCCGGUGUCCUGGCUGCACGAAUGCCGCUUGUGGUGCUCAAAAGGCCUGGUUCGCGCGCGGUGGACUGUAGGGUAAAUGUCUUGUCGUGCGCAAGUGGCUCUGGUAUUUGUCAGCGGUCGGCAGCAAUAAAGCAUCUCAUAGAUUC